GGUUUYGAAUGAGUUGUCGAAAGCAGCAAAAAUACAAACAAUACUGGUAUUUUAGAUGGGAUUUUCUCGUUAUUUGUGAUAGUUGGCUGUAUAGAAUCAACCCUAAAGGAAAUGGGGAACUUCUUCACGUCGAUUUUUAGUCGUCUUCUGGGUAAAGAAGAGUGUAGGAUCCUCAUGAUUGGUUUAGACAAUGCGGGCAAGACCACCAUCUUGUAUCGACUCAAGUUAGACGAAGUGGUCUCUACUGUUCCAACACUAGGCUUUAACGUCGAAACAGUCACUUACAAGAAUAUUAGCUUUACUGUAUGGGAUAUAGGAGGUCAGGAUAAGAUAAGGAGCUUGUGGAGAGUGUAUUUUCAAGGCUGCCAGGGGCUCAUUUUCGUCGUGGACAGCGCAGACAGGGAAAGGAUUGGAGAAGCUGAACUCGAAUUAAAGAAACUUCUGAGUGAGGACGAACUUCAGAACGUUAUCUUGCUUGUGAUUGCUAACAAACAAGACAUGCCUAAUGCUUUGAGUUCUUCCGAGGUCCGAGAGAAAUUAAAAUUAAAUGACAUUCGUAAUAGACCUUGGUUCGUCCAGUCUGCGUGUGCUGUUAAAGGAGAAGGAUUAUUUGAAGGGUUAGACUGGAUGGCUACCCAAAUAAAACAAAGAAAGACAUGGUUCUAAUAUCUGGGAUAAUAUUUACCUUAUUGUAGUUUAAUAUGGUAUUGUUACGGUGGAAUAGAGGUUAUAAAACAGGUCAUGAUCAUUCAGGAAUUAAUUUUAUCMCUCGUAAAGUGUACAAAUGCAGUCAGCGUCAUCCAUUAUUUGUGCUAUUUUGACAAAAUUGUACAAGUCACAAUUGAUUUAACUAGCUCUGGUUUUUACAAUUAAAUUCGUCAGCUGGCCAUGUAAGAAUAACUUUUCUGGCUCAUAUAUUUCACUCAAACAAAAACAAUUCUGUCAACUCCUUUUCUUUAAGCCUAUAAAUAAUUUAUCAUGGAAUAAAAUUGAAACAUUGA